GCAGACCUCAGCCAGAGUCAGCUGUAAGGAUCCUCCUCUGAUCAGCAUCCAGACCUGUGGAUUGUAAACAUAAGAAACCCUUCAUGUUACUCUGUGAAAGAUGAAGACAUCCGAUUGAAGCUUAAUAGUGUCAGCUACCUGGACAAGAGGAGCCCCCCUGGUUUUUGGUUUUAUUUCAGAUCUUAUUAAUCCUGACUGAGGCAACAUGCAGCAGCCUGAACCACAGCAGACAAGUCAACAAACAGCCACAGAAACUCUGGAUGCUGCAGGUCUAUAUAUCCGCAGGGGGAAGACAGCUCUGUGGGUGACCGUGUCCCUGCUGGCUUUAGCUUUGGUGGUCCUGACCAUCGGUCUCAUCUCGGCUACUCGCACAGACAACGUGGCUGUGUCUGGAUAUUACCCUGGCAUCACACUCAGUUUUGGAGCAUUUCUGGGUAUUGUUGGCAUUCACCUGGUGGAAAAUCGCAGACCCAUGCUCGUAGCUGCAAUCGUCUUCAUCAGUAUCGGUGUCAUUGCUUCUUUCUUCUGUGCCAUUGUGGAUGGGAUCAUUGCUUCAGAGUUCAUUGACAUAAGGCCAUUGCAGGAGGACAUGUGUGACUAUUACAGCAGUGGAUCGGGAUACGCCUACGAUAACUACUAUACCGAGGUGACGUGCCGUUCAUUUAACAAAGCCUGCAAGAUGAAACUUAGGAGCAACACCUGCUACUGCUGCUACCUUUACAACUGUGAGAGCACAGACUAUCACACCCAUUACUACGAGUUCACGGGGGUCAGCAGCUGCUGGGAUGUGAUCCACCUGCACCGGCUGCUGUGGGCCUCAGUGGUGCUGAACGUGGUCGCCUUGUUCCUGGGCAUCAUUAACGCCGCCAUCCUCGGAGCGUACAAGGAUAUGCAGAAGCCCUCCCCUCAGGUUGCUCGGAGCCCUGCACCACCACCCCACAUCCUGUACAACCCGACCCAGCACAUGCUGUCCUAUUCAGGCUUCUGUCCCUCAGGACAGGCUCUGCCCGCCUACCCUAACUAUCCCAUACCUAUGCAGCAUGCCAGCAGCUAUCAGACACCUGCUACUCCCCAGAUGAUCCCUGAAGGAGGCUCUGGAGUCUGCCCCUCUGAGGAGAGCCAGAGCCAGCCGCCCACCCAGGCUCCCACUCAGCCACAGCCUCAGGGAGCCAACCAGGACCCUGGAGGCUACAUGCUGACUCCCAAUGCUCCCGCCCUGUACGGAUCCUCCUACAGCCCCUUUGAGAAGCCUCCACCAUAUGCCUGCUGAGCCCUGGAGAACACACAGAGAGGUGGAUGAGGAAGAGUUGGAGAAGGACGUCUCUAUCCGGCUUAGGCUGAAUGUAGCAGAAGACACUUUGUAGGCUGAGUUUGUAGAAAGGAAACUCACAAACUACAUCUGAGUUCUGUUUGCACCUGUCUUAUUUAUUUUAACUGAUCUCAGACACAGACAGAUUAGCAGAUUACAUCCUAUAAUAUGCUGUCAUUUGAGGUAAUCUGCUUAGUCGUGUUUUUGUAGCAUUAGAUUAUAAUUGGUCUUUCAUAAAGGCAACAUCUAAAUAAGAUUGAUUUGGCUCCUUGAUAUAAGAGAGGAAUAAUCACUCUUGGAGUAGCACCUCCUAAAUAAAGAGAUUAUGCAUAGUCCUCAAAGAGAGGCUCACAGUAGACAUUUUUUCACAAGUGUCCAACUUUUAAAGUUUAGAGUAUUGUUCUUGUUGAUAGAUCCUGUGAAUUUACUGCAUAAUAGAAGAACAGACUGAUCUGAUCCAUCUCGCUUAGGGCCUUGUGAGAGCAUUGACCUCCUUGAACUUUUAAAAGUUUUGGCACAUUUCAAGCUUCAAACAUAAAUAUAUAGAAUUGUAACUUCGUGUGAAGAAUCAACAUGAAGUGGGACAUUAUCAUGAAAUGGAACACAAUUUAUUAUAUUUAAAAACGUUUUAACAAAUAAAGAACUGAAGAGUGGGGCGUGCAAAAUGAAUCUGCCGCUUUACCUUCAGUGCAGCAUAAUCCCUCCAGAAGUUCAGUGAGGAUCUCUGAAUGAUCCAUUGUUGACCUAUAUGACUGAUGAGGAUAAAUAGAAUCCACCUGUGUGUAAUCAAGUCUCUGUAUAAAUGCACCUGCUCUGCGAUAAUCUCAUAGUUCUGCUAAAAGCAUAGAGAGCAUUGUGAAAAACAAGAAACACAUCAGCUCAGGACAAGAUACUAUCGUGGAAAAGUUUAAAGCUGGAUUUCGAUACAAAAUGAUUUCCCAAGCUUUAAAAAACCUAAGGAGCACUGUAAUAUUGAAAUAGAAGGAUUGCAAAUCUAUGAAGACCUGUAAAUUUUGAAUUGCUCGUGAUCACUGAGGAUGAUCUUCAGCUGAGGCGGGACACUCUGUCUGUACGACAACAAUCAUGUUGCACAAAUGCUGCACAAAUCUAGUCUUUAUGAAAGAAAGCCAUUUCUUAAAGAUGUCCAUAAAAAGUCUUGUUUAAAGUUUGCCACAGGACACCUGGGAGACAGCAAAAAUGUGGAAGAAGGAGAUCUGGUCAGAUUAAACUAAAAUUGUUAUGUUUGGCAUAAAAGCAACACAGCUCAUCACUCUGAACACACCAUCCCCACUGUCAAACUUGGUGGUGGCAGCAUCAUGCUUUGGGCCUGCUUUUUUUUUAUGCAAAGACAGGGGAGAUGGUUGUAAUUGAUGGGAAAAUAGAUGGAGCCAAAUACAGGACCAUUUUGGAAGAAAAGCUGCUGGAGUCUGCAAAAGACCUGGGACUGGGACAGAGAUUUAUCUUCCAACAAGGCAGUGGA